CAGAGCCGGCUAAGGGUCGGCGGAGCCGGAUCCUCCCAGGGGCGUGGGCACGGGUCCGCGAGCACCGGGCCCCACGGGGUUGUCCUCCCGUGCCAUGGCCGGCCGCGGUUGCGGCUGCAGCCCGGGCCACCUGAAUGAGGACAACGCGCGCUUCCUGCUGCUCGCGGGGCUUCUUGUGCUUUACCUGCUGGGCGGCGCCGCCGUCUUCUCCGCGCUGGAGCUGGCUCACGAGCUGCAGGCCAAGCAGCGCUGGGAAGAGCGCCUGGCCAACUUCAGCCGUGGCCACAACCUGAGCCGCGAAGAGCUGCGAGGCUUCCUCCGCCACUACGAGGAAGCCACCAGGGCGGGCAUCCGCGUGGACAGCGUGCGCCCUCGCUGGGACUUCACCGGCGCCUUCUACUUCGUGGGCACAGUGGUGUCUACCAUAGGGUUUGGAAUGACCACACCAGCCACAAUUGGAGGGAAGAUUUUUCUGAUCUUUUAUGGUCUCAUUGGAUGUGCAAGCACCAUCCUCUUCUUCAACCUCUUCCUGGAGCGGCUGAUCACCGUCAUCGCUUAUGUCAUGAGAUCAUGUCACCAGCACCAGCUGCGGAGACGUGGGGUAGGGACUCAGGACAACAUGAAGGCCUCUGAAAAGGGCAAGGUGGAUCACCUAGCUGGCUGGAAACCCUCUGUGUACUACGUCAUGCUGAUCCUAUGCUUGGCAUCAGCGACGGUCUCCUGUGGAGCCUCGGCUCUGUACACCACCAUGGAAGGCUGGAGCUACUUUGACUCACUGUACUUUUGCUUUGUGGCUUUCAGCACCAUUGGCUUUGGGGACCUGGUCAGCAGCCAGAACUCUCAGUAUGAGAGACAAGGACUCUACCGCUUUGCCAACUUCUUCUUCAUCCUCAUGGGUGUCUGUUGCAUCUACUCCUUGUUUAAUGUCAUCUCCAUCCUGAUUAAACAGACGAUGAACUGGAUCCUGAGGAAACUGGCUAGCGGGUGCUUUCCACAAUGUCAAAGAGGACUCCUGCGGUCCAAGAGGAAUGUGGUGAUGCCCGGCAACAUCCGGAACAAGUGCAACAUCUCCAUAGAGACUGAUGGGGUGAUGGAAAGUGACACUGAUGGGCGACGUCUCUCAGGGGAGAUGAUCUCCAUGAAGGACACCAACAAGGUCUCACUGGCCAUCCUGCAGAAGCAGUUGUCUGAGAUGGCCAAUGGUGGACCCCACCAGACCAAUGCAUCCUCCAGGGAUGAUGAGUUCUCAGGGGGUGUGGGAGCCUUUGCAGUAAUGAAUAACAGGUUGGCAGAGACCAGUGGAGACAGGUAGGACCCAGAAGAAGCUGCCAGAUGAAGAGGCCCAUGGCAAAUGAAGAAUAAGCAGCACCAGUGAGCUCAGCUGUGUCCCUGGCUCUUGCAAUUACCUUCUCAAGUCCGGCCUUUGAAAUAUGACCUUGACCUCAGACAACAGCAACCACCAAGGUUGACCGUUCGGGAAGAAAAGCCCCCAAGAGCCUAAUUCUAACCUGGACCUGU